ACUGUUAACAUUAAGGCUUCGGUAGUCCGUAAGAUGGCUCUCUGCAGAUCUUAAUUUUAUUUGUUAUUGUAUUUUGUUUCAGUGUGACCUGGAAUUGUUAUUUUGUCUAAUUAAGUUAAUAAUGGCUUUCGGGUUGACUGAAAGCAUUGGUAGUUUCAGUGGACCUAUUGCUGAAGAAAUGCUACCACCUUUACAAUCUAUGGGAUGGUCUCAUAAUGACAGUUUACUCAAUUGUCAGGAUAUGUUUUGUAAUCUAUUUGAUGAAAUUGGACCACCCCCUGAUUGGCUUCCACCACCACCACCAUUACCACCUCAUCUCCUUCAAAUAUUAAAUGAAAAUCAUUCUCUGAUUGAUGAGAGAACAAAUGAUUGUAACUUCUGUCAUAUCUUCAGUAACCCAACAGACUCAGAGCUUGUUGUUCCUAAACCAGAAUUUAAAACCAAUGAUUCUUGGCUUUCUUUAUUGCUUGGCUCAAUUUUAGGAUCAACAAUUUUAUGUAUUAUUUUGCUCUUCAUACUAUUCAGAUUCAGAAAAUGGAAGUUAUUCCCUUCAGUUUGUGGAUUAGACUCUUGUCCCAUUUUCCCGGAAAGCAUGAACAGAGGACUAAAGGAUGCUCCACCACCCUGUGCACCAUCAGAUAAUUGUAUUUCUCCUGUUGUAAAUGAAAAAUCACCACAAAGUGUGAUAACAAGUUGUCCAACCAAAACUUCAAUUCCAAGUAAAUAUUGGAGAAGAAGUGAUGAAAAUCCAGAAUCUCGAGAUGGGAGAGUGGAUUCCAGAGGAGCUGAUAUGGAAGAGUAUACUAAUAUACCAGACGGAGGCAGUUGUACAUCUAGUCCAGUCUAUGCUGAACUUGACGCAGCUGGAGUAACGAUCAACCGUUCUCAGAUGCCAAGUUCACUUUUAUUGAAUGGUCCAUCACCAUAUGCAGUUCAUACUUACUCAGAAGUUGCCGAUGCAAUGAGAAUGGCAGCUCUUGGCUCAUCAACUGCUCUACUUCCUGAUGCAUCAUAUGACAAUGUGGCAUAUCUGCCCUCAUCAAAUAGUGACCAUUAUCAAGGUAGAUCAUUAAGACGACAGCGAUCCGGACUAGGACACCUUGGAAGUGCAGCUCCAUUACUGCCUGCUCAUCAACAAAUGAUUGUUGGCUCACAAAUGAACUUCGCCACCAGCGGUCGACCUCAUAAAAAACCUAGACCAGUUUAUUCUCAUCAUACAUCUAGAAUCAAUGCUAGAAACCACCAACAACAAUUGCAGCAACAACAACUACAGCAGCAGCAGCAACAAUUACAACAACAACAGCAACCACAGCAAAUUCAAUCAGAAAUUGACGUUCGUUUUAUGAGCGCUCGACGUCCUGAAGCUGUUUAUGCUGAUUUCCCUCUCAAUUCACCAUCUUUAUCAACUUUUCGAGUCCCAUACGCCAAUAACUUUAGGGAAAACCCUAAAAGACCUCUACCCGCUGUCCCAGGAGUUCGACUUUGAAUGAGCUCAUCUCAUCGACUGAUCAACUAUUACUACUUAUUUUUAAUCAUGUUUACUUAAACGUCUUCUUACAUUUUCUUCCUUAACUUACAAAAUGGAACUCGAUAAUUAUUUAUUAUUUUGCUUUUUUAUUUAAGAUAACCACCAAAUCCCGGUAUAUUCACUUUUGUGGUUCACAAUGUUAAAAUUUUAAAAAUUUUUGAAAACUUAAAUCCUCUCUCUGUUUAAAGAACCAA